AUGUCAAAAACACAGACAACAUCUAGUACUUUUUCAUUUCCAUUACUUACGUCAAUUUCUCAAUUCAUAAUACGUCAAAAAAGACAAUUAACAAUAUCAACUUCUUAUUCGUUGAAUCAUGAAUCAAAACAUCUUGAAAAAGGUUCACUUUCCGUAUUUCACGGUAUAGUAUUGGCUACAUCUGCUAUGGCGCCAGCAUUAGCUGUUGUGCUCAAUGCACCAGCAGCCGGUUCAAAGGCUGGUGCUGCUUUACCAUUGUCGUUUUUAUUAGCAUUUAUUGCCUGCUUAUUUGUUGGUAAUACAAUUAUACAAUUUUCUCGUAAAUUAUCAUCAGCAGGCUCAUUUUAUACAUAUAAUAGUUAUGGAUUCGGUUCAAUUGGUGGCUUUUUUACUGGUUGGUUAUUAUUUAUUGGUUAUAGUAUUGUAACACCGGCUCUUUUUACCGUAUUUGGUUCAUUUAUUGAGGAUUAUAUACAUAAAAGUUUUCAUACAUAUAUACCAUGGUGGAUAUUUAGUCUGAUUGGUUUAAUUUUAGUUAUAAUUCUAUCUAUUCUUGGUAUAAAAACAUCCUUACCCUUAGAUUUAACUUUAUUAAUAGUACAAAUUAUUGUAUUUAUUAUUUUAUCGACUAUAAUUAUUAUUAAAGCGGGAAAUAAAAAUAAUUUGGGUGUAUUUUCACCAUUAUUGUCAGUAAAUAGUUUUUCUGGUGUCGGAUUCGGUACUGUAUUUGGCAUACUUUCAUUUAUUGGUUUUGAUGCACCUGCUACGUUGGGUGAAGAAAUGUGUAAACCAAAUCGUACAAUACCAAUGGCUAUUGGUGGUUCAUUGAUUCUUGUUGGUCUAUUUUAUAUUUUUGUUUGUUAUUCAUUAAGUAUUGGUUAUGAAUUAAUGGAUCCAAUUCAUUUACAAAUAUUUAUGAACGAUAGUAAUCCAUUUAUUACAUUGGCACGUGAACAAGGUCGUUGGUUGGAACAUAUUGUUAGUAUUUGUGCUGUUAUUGGAAUAUUUUCUUGUUUUCUUGCUAUUCAUAAUACAUCUGUUCGUAUACUAUUUUCAAUGGGACGUGAUCGUAUAUUACCACAUAUAUUGAGUCGUGUACAUCAACGUUGGUUUUCGCCAUAUGUAGCCAUAUUAAUUCUGUCUGUUUUUACACUUAUUGUUGGAUUACCGAUUGGUAUGUGGUUAGGUCCGGGUGUAUCAGGCUGUUAUGGUUUUACUAGUACUAUUGGAGCACUUGCCAUUAUUAUUGUAUAUAUGGCUAGCAAUAUUUCACUCAUAUGUUAUACAUUACGUACAAAACAAUUCCAUUGGCUAUGGAAUGGUAUUCUACCUAUACUUGGAUUUCUAGUACUUCUUUACCCGUUAUGGUCCAUUGGACGACCUGGUCAAUCAUAUCCAUAUAAUAUUGUACCAUAUGUAUUAUUAAUAUGGCUAUUUUUUGGAGUUAUUCUUUUUCUUUAUUUUUUCUUUCGUUCUCCUGAAAAGCUUAAAGCUAUUGGAUCAAUGUUUGAUGAUAAUCAAAGACCGCAAACUGAUCAGGCUCAAAGUGUGUUAUCUACUAUAGAAUAA